ACUAUGCGGCGCGCGCGCGCCCGCUCUGCCUCUCGGGGCGCUGAUUGGCUCCGACGCGCCAUUGACGUCACAGCGGGGAGAACGGGGCUUGGGGGGGGGGCACGGUGGUGAGUCACCCCCCCGCACCCCCAGCCCCCCGGCGGGGCUCGGUCACUAUAACUCGGCGGCGCCCAUGGCAGCGGGACCCCAGCCCGAGCAUCCCGGCAGCUGCAGCAGGUCAGCCCCGCCAGCAUGAUGGAGGACGGGCCCCCCAACUCCAGCGACGGCCACCACGGCUGGUUCACGGCCAGGAACGGCAGCGGCAAUGCCGUGGACCUGGAGUCCGUGGUGCGACCCCUCGCCUUGAACCCGUGGGACGUCGUCCUCUGCAUCUCUGGGACCAUCAUCUCCUGCGAGAACGCUGUCGUGGUGGUGGUGAUCUUCUACACCCCGGCUUUCCGGGCUCCCAUGUUCCUCCUCAUCGGCAGCUUGGCCACGGCUGAUCUGCUGGCCGGUUUGGGGUUGAUCCUGCAUUUUGCCUUUGUGUACUUCAUCCCGUCGGAGCCCGUCAGCCUGCUCACCGUGGGGCUGCUGGUCACCUCCUUCACGGCCAGCGUCAGCAGCUUGUUGACCAUCACCAUCGACCGCUACCUGUCCCUCUACAACGCCUUGACCUACUACUCAGAGAGGACGGUCACCAGGACUUACAUCAUGUUGAUCCUCACCUGGGGAGCAUCCAUCUGCUACGGGCUCCUGCCCAUCAUGGGCUGGAACUGCCUGAAGGAGCCGUCCACCUGCAGCAUCAUCAAGCCCUUGAUGAAGAACCACCUCAUCAUCCUCUCUGUCUCCUUCUUCAUGGUCUUUGCGGUGAUGCUGCAGCUCUACGUGCAGAUCUGUAAGAUCGUCUGCCGGCACGCCCACCAAAUCGCCGUGCAGAGACAUUUCCUAGCCAGCUCCCACUAUGUCACCACCCGCAAAGGCAUCGCCACCUUGGCCGUCAUCCUGGGCACCUUCGCAUCGUGCUGGUUGCCCUUCGCCGUUUACUGUCUCCUGGGGGAUUACAGCUACCCGGCGCUCUACACCUACGCCACCUUCCUCCCCGCCACCUCCAACUCCAUGAUCAACCCUGUCAUCUACGCCUUCAGGAACCAGGAGAUCCAGAAAGUGCUGUGGACCGUGUGCUGCGGGUGCUUCUCCCCCACCCCGCCCUUCCGCUCCCGCUCCCCCAGUGACGUCUGAACCCCCCCUCCCGGCCUCCCUGCACCCUCCACUUACCCAUAGCGCUGGGGGAUUCUCCUUUGUCUUUCCCCUUGUCUUUCCCAGAGACACACGGCGGGAGCUCUCGGGUCCCUGGGAGCACGACCCCUUCGCUCCCUCUAUUUUUCCACUUUUUGAAUUCACAGGAGAGAAAAACAUAUUUUUAUCCAUAAUAUAAUCUAUAUUUAUGCGUGUGCACGUGAGAGAGAGGGUGGAGAUCCUCAUAUUUUCUUUAGAACUAUUUAUGAUGCUUUAUUUUUUUAAGGGGGGGCGACACCGGCAACAUUCGCUCCCCUCUUGCUUUUUUUACAGCCUCGUUACUUACCUCAGAUGGUUAAAAUAUAUUUGUACAUUCGGGAAGGGGAGGGAAAGCCCCACUUGCCGGAGGAGGAGGGGUCACACCCGCCCCUUUCUCCCAGCCACCCAUCCAUUUAUUUAUUACUUGUUAAUUAUGAUUAGACGCGCUCCCGACGCCGCCGGCCCAGCGCUGGGACCUGCUGCCCCCUAGUGCUCGCUGCCUGUGGGCAGAAGGUGCUGCCGGAGGCUCCGCACCCCAAACCGAGCGCCUCUGGGGUCCCCUGGGUGCUGCCCCCCCCCCGCCAUGGCACCCAGGGUUCCCCCUGCCCCUGUCAAAGCCUUUCUUUGCACUGGGGCUGGAUUUGCACUGUUUUUUGCGGGGGGGUGCAUGUGAAGAGCCCCCUUGGGAAGAGCCCCCUCGGGGUGUGUGUGUGUGGGGCCGCUUCUUGUUUACAACUGAGGGGUGAGGAAUAAAAGUGAUUUG